AGUGUUUACGUUGAACACACAAUGUGCGAAUGGUGUCAGUGUGAGGUUUUGAUGAGUAUUCGACAAUAACCGGAAUCUGUAACCACCGACAACAUAACCUCAAUGCAAAAUAUUUCAAAGACAUACGAAGAGUGGCUACUAGAUUCCUAUGUGGACCGAAUGUCGAACCAGCACACGAACCAGGCUCUUUCUUGGAGGCGGUUAUACCUCAGUCGGGCCAAAUUAAAAGCAUCAAGCAGAACAUCGGCUUUGCUUUCCGGCUUCGCUAUGGUGGCUAUGGUGGAGGUUCAGAUAGACCAGCCCGAAGGACAGCCUCCCAUCCCAGACGCGCUCCUCGUCGUGUUCGGCGUUUGCACCACUCUGCUCGUCACCGUCCACCUGAUGGCCCUGAUGAUCAGCACUUGCAUCGUGCCCAACAUCGAGGCCGUCAGCAACGUUCAUAACAUGACGGCCGUGAACGAGUCCCCGCACGAGGCGAUGCGCGUGUGCAUCGAGAUCGCCUGGAUCUGCUCGACGGGCAUCGGCAUCCUGCUGUUCCUCGGGGAGAUCGCCAUCCUCUGCUGGGUCAAGUUCUACAGGAUCAGCCCGAACGCGGCAAUCGCCUCGACAGUCAUCAUAAUUCCGGCGUGCGUGUUGUUCAUAGCGUUCUCGCUGGUGUUCUACAAGAAAUUGGUGGCCCACAAAUACGAACGACAUUCAGAGGGUCUGCGGGAGCUGGAGAGUCUGGCGACAGCCCUGCACAACACGCCGGAGGAACGCAGAACCCUCGGUGACAUCAACAAUGUAUGAGGAACGCCACUCAGACGUGCGUGUCGUAAGGAAAACCAAAACAGGUGAUCUUCGGACCCUUUAUAUCUUCUUCUAAAAGAUGGUGCCUUGAAGAGAAUGCAAGAUGCGUAUUGUAUUCUCUGAAACUUCAUGUGUUCAGGACGGUGCAAAUUAUGCAGUUAGCAUGCAUACUUAUGCAGGUAACAGUUCGAGCGAAUGGAUUUACGAGACUGCAAAGAAAGUGUUGUUUCUUGUACGUGUGUGACUGGUUGAAUGUGGGGUAUGUGGUCAAUGACGACAAGAGUUCAGUUUCAACUGAGGUCAAAACAUCUGUAGUUUUAUCAAAAAUGUAUUAGAAUGUACAUACAACUCUAAGUGUUCUUCUUUUAGUAAUGCUAGGAUCAGACUACCAACAGUCAUGAUGGAGUUUGCCAACUCGCCGAUCUCUCGACUUUUACGGCUGUUCAGUUACUAGUCUGAAAACUCUUACAACUCGAUUUUUGUCAUUUACAACUACGACCGGUUAGUUGUUAAUCCAUCGUAAGUCGGGAGUUGGGGGAAAAGUACAACGCAAACAUAGAGUUGGCCAACAGCGUCGUGACUGUUGAUAGUCCUAGCCUAGCAUAAUACAGGCGCGUGUGUGGGGGGGGGGGGGGGGAGUCUAAACUGGCAACCGAAGUUGAUAUGAAAGUCGAGUCAUGCUCUUCCAGAAAAUAUAUUGACAAAAAGGACAAUUUACUCGAGCAGGGAGGGGUUUCGAUCUCUGAAAAUCUCCCCCUGCACAUGCGCCUGUAAUGCAACAUGGCAUUUGUUUCACCAUUCGUCUGUUUGCACAUGUAAAGUGUUGCGUUUUAACUGUGUUGUAUAUUUUGUACCAUAGACUAUUUUCUGUAUGUGUACAUAAGACAAAAAUAUGACAGUUUGCCCUGGUCAUGGCACUUUCCCCAUUUGUUUUAACAUUAUACGCCUAGUUUCGAUUAGACUAGAUAUAUAUUACACUUCUGGGGCCCGUUGUUCAAACAUUAGUUAGCUUAACCAGGGAUUAACAGAAAUUCACAAAACCAGGGACUGAUUCAAUACAAAAAAUAAUUGAAAACAUCACGCUGAUACUCGAUUUAGAACAGCCAAAGGUAUCCCAUACACAAUCAAAUCUAAAAUGUUUCGUAUUUGUUCAAACAUAUUUAAAACAAAAAUAGUAGACUAACCCAGGGUUAAUUUAACUAUGCUUUGAACAACUGGACCCCGGUAUUAUCCAAUAACUUGGUAAAUUAGAAUUUAAGCCUUUCACAGUUACACACAUAAGCCUACAAAGCGUACUUCCUUCUUCUUUGUUCUUCUUUUUAUUUGUUUUUGUUUUGGUACGCUGCUAAAAUCUAAAAGCAUUCAUUAAAAAUGUUGAUUUUAUAUAUAAAAACAUUAUUUAGUUUUAAUUGACAUUAACACACACACACACACACACACACACACACACACACACACACCAUGUGAAAGUGGUGAUAUCAGAACGACGCUUUACAGGGCAUUCAGAUUCUUCUUCUUCUUUCUUCUGUUCUUCAGAUUAAAAAUUACACAUUGUAUUAGUUAACUAACAACUAAUCCACUAUCCUGGACAGACAGCCCAGAUAGCUGAGGUGUGUGCCCAGGGCAGUGUGCUUGAAUCUUAAUUGGAUAUAAGCACGAAAAUAAGUUUAAAUGAAAUGAAAUAGUAAACUGUUUAACUAAGAUGGUCAGAGGCAGCUUCAUAAGGGUAGAGUAGGCCUAGUUUUUCUUGCCUAGAUUGGAGAUAGAAACCAAUUUUAAAACAUAUUGAGCUGAAUGUAUAUUGAGCUGGUGGGUUUUUUACGCAGCUGUUUAAGAAUUUAAAAUGUAUGAACAUGUAGUUGCACACAUGUAAGCUGUUUAAGGAUUUAAAAUGUAUGAAUAUAUAGUUGCACACAUGUAAGCUGUUUAAGGAUUUAAAAUGUAUGAACAUGUAGUUGCACACAUGUAAGCUGUUAAAGGAUUUAAAAUGUAUGAACAUGUAGUUGCACACAUGUAAGCUGUUUAAGGAUUUAAAAUGUAUGAAUAUAUAGUUGCACACAUGUAAGCUGUUUAAGGAUUUAAAAUGUAUGAACAUGUAGUUGCACACAUGUAAGCUGUUUAAGGAUUUAAAAUGUAUGAACAUGUAGUUGCACACAUGUGAGACGUGAACAGGAUUUGUAAAUUCGGCCCAUUAUAUUUUAGUCCAUCAUAAGAUUUGUCGUAUCACACCAUUCUUCGAUUUCUUCUUGAUAUGUUUUUGUAGUCUAGGUUCAAAGGUUAUUUUAGUAAAACUGACACCACGUAGUGACCCGCAUCAUGCAGUUUGGAGGUAGUUUGAAAUUCACUAACUUGUAACAAAUUACGUGUACAUCGGGUAAAAUUUUAAAACAAACCUCCAAACUUAUGUUGCCCAACAUUUGAGGAAACCAACAUUUUUCAUUAAUAUAGCGUCUACUUCGGUUACAAAAUUAAUAGAAUUAUGUUGCCCAACCUUUGAGGAACAUUAGCUUAUAAAGUGGGGGGAUGGGUAUUGGGGAGAGAAGGGGUGGGGGUGGGUGGGUGGGUAUGUGCUUUCCACUUUGUAGCAGUAGCGAUGGUUUUUAUAUAUUUUCACAUGUGUAUAUAUAUAUAUGUGUGUAUGUGUGUGUGUGUGUGUGCCACCCUCCCCCCUCCCGGCACCUUUCUACCCCCGUGAGGAAAAUACUUUUUUUGAACAAAACCGUCCCACAAAACUUUUUUAUCUUUUUUUAUCUCUUUUUUUUCUUGUUUCGUUUUUUGUGUGUUUUAACGGACUCUAGGCGCACGUGUGCUAUCACAAUAAAUCACUCCAGUUUUAGAAACCGCAGACCUUUAGUCAAUUGCUAUUUGCAUAUGCAUGACUUGUAUCUACAAGAUCGCUGGUUUCAAUAUGGCAGUCAGUAAGUCACCGUCCAAGUAUGCAGAUGUUUUAAGUAUUUGGGUGAAAUGGGGUGGGGGAGGGGGCGUGAUUUAUCUCAGUUGGUUGAGUGCUUGUUUGAGGUGCUUACAUAGCAGGAUAGAAACACCUCGGUGGAUCCAAUCAACUGAUUGUGUUUUUGUUCCAACCAGUGCACCACAACUGGUCAAAAGCCGUAGUAUGUUCUUUCGUGAAAGUACAUAUAAAAUAUCGCUUACUGCAUUAGGAAAA